CGGCGGCGGCGUCCGGCCGCUUCGUGCGGUGCCUUUACGCGGUGGGCUUCCUGGAUUUAUUUGGUGUGAGCAUGGUUGUUCCUUUAAUGAACCUUCAUAUCAAAUCUCUAGGAGCAAGUCAUACAGUUGCUGGAAUAAUAGGAUCUCUCUAUGGUAUAAUGCAACUAUUUUCCAGCACAUUUGUGGGCUGCUGGAGUGAUAUAGUAGGAAGACGGUAUUCCCUGCUUGCUUGUAUUCUUCUCAGUGCACUGGGUUACUUCCUUCUUGGAACAUCCACCAGUGUGCUACUGUUUGCCAUUUCUAGAGUCCCUGUAGGUAUUUUCAAACACACACUCUCCAUCUCUAAAGCCCUGCUUUCCGACUUGGUUUCUGAGAGGGACCGCCCUUUAGUAAUGGGCCGCUUCAAUGCAGCCUCUAGUGUGGGCUUCAUUCUAGGGCCUGUCGUUGGUGGCUACCUUACAGAGUUGGAAGAUGGCUUUUAUCGAACGUCUUUCAUCUGUGCCUCUAUCUUCCUUCUGAAUGCUGGUCUUGUCUGGAUGUUACCCUGGAGUGAGGAAAACACUGGCAAUAGGGAACAUCAACAAGACAACAAAGGAACAGACAGUUUCUCAGCCAAAGCAAAUCACGACCUGCACUUGAAAUCAGCAACUAAUGGAGCUAUGGCAAGCAAUAGUCUUUUCCAAUCUCCGUGGAUCCAAGUUGCAACAGUGCUGAAGAGGAUUAAAGGAAUUGCGUGCUCUGAUCUGUGGGAUAUAUUUUUAGUGCGGUUGCUGAUGUCUGUUGCUAUACUGCUGUACUAUAGUAAUUUUAGUUUGGCCUUGGAGGAGAGAUUUGGGGUGAAACCCUUGUUCGCUGGAUACCUAAUGAGCUAUAGCAGUGCACUUGGAGUCCUGGCUGGUUGUCUGCUUGGACCAAUAACAAGACUCUAUCAGCACAACACUUACAGAAUUUUGUUGCACUCCAGCACUCUUACCUGCACGUUGAUUCUCCUGUAUGCGUCAGCACUGAGCAUAUGGAUGGUCAUUUUGUCUUCCACAUUCUUAGCCUUUUCAACUACUAUAGGUCGUACUUGUAUCAUUGAUCUUGAAUUGACCAUUGGUGGGAAUGAGGCCAGUGGUACACUCCUAGGUGUUGGACAGUCUGUGACAUCAGUGGGACGUAUAGUUGCCCCGCUCCUUUCUGGAAUUGCUCAGGAGUUCAGUCCUUGCGGCCCUCCAAGUCUAGGGGUUGGACUAGCUUUAGUAGCUAUUCUGAUAAUGAACAUGAACAAACAAAAAUACUGUAGCCAUGGAAAUAUUAAGUUAAAAAAUCAAUAGCUGCAAAUUUGGAUUGCAUAAAGGUAUCUUACAGGAGAAGCAAAGUGAAUCAACUUGGGAUGAUGCUUACACCUGCCAGACUUGUACAGUAGUAACCGGAUCUUUUAAGAGGGCACAUUAUGUUCACAUGGAGGCAAGUACAUAUAAAUGUUUCUGCUGCAGGGAUGUUAACUCCAGGCAAAUGUUAUUCUAACUGGUACCGCUAGAACACUUGUGAGAGGGACAGGUGUUGCUGUAUUGUACUGGCUGGGAUUUUUUAAUGGAUUUUUAACCUUUUUUGGAGGGAAAUAAAGAAUGACAUGAAAUACACAAAUCCUGCUUGUAGCUCACAUUUGAAAUAGUGUUUAGAUUGAUAGAUUGUUAAAAGACAGAAAUUGAUUCUUAUUAUUUAAUCAGAGGUGAAUUUUUAUUAUUUAAUCAAAAAGAGAAUUUGCAUUAUAGCCUUAAUUUCUUAUGCUGUGGUCUGCUGCCAUUUGUCUGCUGUGACAGUAGCUUAAUUAACAAGAGUAUUUGCUUAUGUGAUUUUGUUAAGCAUACUUUGUCUACAAAACUUGCUGCACAGCAUGAUUAGGCACCUUGGGGUAGCUAUCUGACCCCUGCUGAUUCCUUGUCUUUCCCAGGUAACGGAAUUGGGUAUAUGCUCAAUUCAUGUAUUAGAAGGCCUAAUAUGGACAAUUCUAGAAUAAUAUGGGGCCAUUCAGUCUGAAACUGAGACUGAAUGUAAGCUUUAUUGAAACUUAUCCUGGUGGUUUCUGUUUAGUAAUAACUUCUACCAAGCAACUUUGUCAUAAAUUUUUUGUUAAUAUUUCCUAUGCAAUUUUUCUACCUUCAUUUUAAGAAUAAAUUUGCUUCUCAAUUCUUCUGAAUGACUGUGAAGGUGUGCUGGAGGAACUAGCAGUAGUUCAUGGAUCUGGAUUAAUGCAUUCUCUCAUUUCUGGAGGCAUAAGUGACAUUUCAGUGACAAGAGAAAAACUGUUUAUUUGUUGGUAUUUUAGUCUUUUCUCUGCACUGCUUAAGUAAUGAGAGGUUACUCUCAGCUAUACUGAGAGUUGUAGCACUCUCCUGUGCUAUUUACUGUUCAAGCUCAUAUUACUUGCCAGUCACCACUGUGUGCAUUUCAUGUGAAACAUACAGAAGAGGUAUUUUGCACUGAUAACAUUUCAUAUGCUUUUACUAGUAUUACUUGAUGAAAGUACAAAGUCAACUAUGUACAAUUGUUGGGGUUUUUUUUAUUAAAACCAAUUUAGUUAUCUCUUUGAACACAUCCAUGCAAAUAGUGUUGCUGCUUCAGGAUAAUCAUAGAUGCUGUUUUGCAUUUUUUACUUUUUUUUUUUCUUUACCUUUUCCAGUGCCUACUAUCAUUUAAAUCCUUGUUGAAACCUCA